CUGGGAUCCCCUGCGCCAGUCCCCGAACUGCGGGAUCAGGCUGCCAGGGACGCCUCUAGGGACGCGCGGCGGAGCGCCUGGGGCUGUCACCGCAGACAAGCCGCUCGCACUGACCCGGGACGUGGGCAUCGGGAACCUCCAGCCGCCACGCCUGCGAUUUCCCGGCGCGGGUCCUCUGCUCUCGCUGCCCAGGGAGCAUCGCCCGGGCGGAGGGCGAUGUCUGCCCGGACCCACCGCGGCCCCCGGGGCAGCUGGGCGCCGCGGCUCGCGCCCUUCUGUUGCUUCUCGGCCGCACUGGGGAUGCUCUGGUCCCCAGCCUCCCAGGCGUUCAACUUGGAUGUGGAUAAGCUCACGGUGUACAGUGGCCCCGAGGGCAGCUACUUCGGCUACGCGGUGGACUUCCACAUACCUGCCGCUCGCACAGCGAGCGUCUUGGUGGGGGCGCCCAAAGCCAACACCAGCCAGCCAGACAUUGUGGAAGGGGGAGCCGUCUACCACUGCCCUUGGCCCGCCCAGGGGUCUGCGCAGUGCAGGCAGAUACCGUUUGACAGCACCAACAACAGGAAGAUCAGAGUAAAUGGAACCAAGGAGCCUAUAGAAUUUAAAUCGAAUCAGUGGUUUGGAGCAACAGUGAAAGCUCACAAAGGAAAAGUGGUGGCCUGUGCUCCUUUAUAUCACUGGAGGACUCUUAAACCAACCCCAGAAAAGGACCCAGUUGGCACCUGCUACGUAGCAAUUCAGAAUUUCAGUGCAUAUGCUGAGUACUCGCCUUGUCGGAACAGCAAUGCUGAUCCUGAAGGCCAGGGUUACUGCCAAGCAGGAUUUAGUCUGGAUUUUUAUAAGAAUGGAGACCUUAUAGUAGGAGGACCUGGAAGUUUUUAUUGGCAAGGUCAGGUGAUCACUGCCAGUAUUGCAGAUAUCAUUGCAAAUUACUCGUUCAAGGAUAUCCUAAGGAAAUUGGCUCAUGAAAAACAGACAGAAGUGGCUCCAGCUUCCUACGACGAUAGUUACCUGGGAUAUUCAGUUGCUGCUGGGGAAUUUACUGGGGACUCUCAGCAAGAAUUGGUUGCUGGAGUUCCAAGAGGAGCACAGAAUUUUGGAUAUGUUUCAAUCAUUAACUCUACAGAUAUGACCUUUAUUCAGAACUUCACUGGUGAACAGAUGGCAUCUUAUUUUGGAUAUACAGUUGCAGUAUCAGAUAUUAACAAUGAUGGGAUGGAUGACAUAUUGAUUGGGGCACCUCUCUUUAUGGAACGAGAAUUUGAGAGCAACCCUAGAGAAGUAGGGCAAGUUUACCUGUAUUUGCAAGAGAGCGAACUCGUCUUCAGGGACCCACAGGUCCUCACAGGCACUGAGAUUUUCGGGAGAUUUGGUAGUGCUGUGGCACACUUAGGAGACCUGAACCAAGAUGGAUACAAUGAUGUUGCCAUUGGUGCACCCUUUGCAGGCAAGGAUCAGAGAGGCAACGUGCUCAUUUACAACGGGAACAAGAAUGGCUUAAACGUCAAGGCUUCCCAGAUUCUUCAAGGAGUCUGGGCCUCACAGGCUGUCCCUUCUGGAUUUGGCUUUACUUUAAGAGGUGAUUCAGACAUAGACAAGAAUGAUUACCCAGAUUUAAUUGUGGGUGCAUUUGGAACAGGAAAAGUAGCUGUUUACAGAGCCAGGCCUGUUGUGACAGUGGAAGCCCAGCUCCUCCUGCACCCGGUGAUUAUCAAUCUGGAAAAUAAAACCUGCCAGAUUCCAGAAUUUACAGCAUCUGUGGCCUGCUUUUCGUUAAGAGCGUGUGCGUCUGUGGCAGGCCAGAGUAUUUCAGACUCAAUAGGCCUGACUGUUGAGGUGCAGUUGGAUUCCCUGAAACAAAAAGGCGCCAUUAAACGCACACUCUUCCUCGAUAACCAUCAGUCACAUCUCGUGUUCCCUCUCGUGAUAAAGGGCCAGAAAUCUCUCCAGUGCCAGGAUUUUAUUGUUUACCUUCGAGAUGAAACUGAAUUCCGAGAUAAGCUAUCUCCAAUCAACAUUAGUUUGAAUUACAGUUUGGAUGAAUCCACAUUUAAAGAAGGUCUGGAAGUGAAACCCAUAUUGAACCACUACAGGGAAAAUGUUGUCACCGAGCAGGCUCACAUCCUGGUAGACUGUGGAGAAGAUAAUACGUGCAUUCCUGACUUGAAGCUGUCAGCUAGACCUGAUAAGGACCAGGUCAUCAUUGGAGACGAAAACCACCUUAUGCUCACAAUCAAUGCGAGAAACGAAGGGGAAGGGGCUUAUGAAGCUGAGCUCUUUGUGGUCAUUCCAGAAGAGGCCGAUUAUGUUGGGAUUGAACGCAGCAACAAGGGAUCACGACCGCUGAGCUGUGAAUACAAGAUGGAGAAUGUAACCCGAAUGGUGGUGUGUGACCUUGGGAACCCUAUGGUGGCUGGAACAAAUUCUUCUCUGGGCCUCCGAUUUGCAGUUCCACGCCUUGAGAAAACAAACAUGAGCAUUAGCUUCGAUCUCCAAAUCAGAAGUUCCAACAAGGACAACCCAGACAGCAAUUUUGUGAGUCUGCAGAUCAACAUGACCGCUGUAGCUCAAGUAGAAAUAAGAGGAGUAUCCCACCCUCCCCAGAUUGUUCUGCCCAUUCAUAACUGGGAGCCGGAAGAGGAGCCCCGGAAAGAGGACGGCGUCGGACCGCUGGUGGAACAUAUUUAUGAGCUGCACAAUAUUGGACCAAGCACCAUCAGUGAUACCCUUCUGGAGGUGGGCUGGCCAUUCUCUGCCCGAGACGAAUUUCUCCUUUACAUUUUUCAUAUUCAAACUCUGGGACCUCUGCGAUGUCAAACAAAUCCUGAUAUCAACCCACAGGAUAUAAAGCCCGCUGCCCCCUGGGAGGACACCCCGGAGCUGAGUGCCUUCCUGCGGAACUCCACCAUCCCGCAUCUUGUCAGGAAGAGAGAUGUAGCUGUGCUGGAGCCUCACAGACAGAGCCCUGCAAAGAUACUGAAUUGCACCAAUAUUGAGUGCUUACAAAUCUCCUGUGCGGUGGGAAGGCUAGAAGGAGGAGAAAGCGCAGUCCUGAAAGUCAGAUCACGGUUAUGGGCCAGGACUUUCCUCCAGAGGAAAAACAAUCCCUAUUCUCUUGCAUCCCUGGUAUCCUUUGAAGUUAAGAAGAUGCCUUAUAAAGAUCAGCCAGCAAAACUCCCAGAAGGAAGCAUAGCAAUUAAAACAUCGGUCAUUUGGGCAACCCCAAAUGUUUCCUUCUCAAUCCCAUUAUGGGUAAUAAUACUAGCAAUACUUCUUGGAUUACUGGUUCUGGCCAUUUUGACGUUGGCUUUAUGGAAGUGUGGAUUCUUUGACAGAGCAAGACCCCCCCAAGAUGAUAUGAACGACAGGGAACGAUUGACCAAUGAGAAGACCCCUGAUGCAUGAAAAGGAAAACCAAAGACAAAAAAAAAAAGAAACAACUCAAACACUGGUCCAGUUCUAAGACAAGAAGAUUCAUGAGGGUUCACAAAAGGUUUUCCUGUACCUGCCAGUGUUCUAAGAAAUGGAAGGGUUGCGGAAGGUAUCACAUCUACACUGUGCUUUGUUUGAGAAGUUGCCACAGAUCCCAGUGAUCCUUUGGGGAAAGGAAGCAUCCUCAACGCUGCAGAAGCAGUUAACAAUUGUGGAAGAUGUCAUUUGCUUGAGUCACUCUGACAGACACUUGGAAAUGGGUAUGGGAACUGAGGUUGCUUUCCAGGUAAAUCCAACAGAAGUCUCGAAGAUGAAAUGUCUGAAUUAGGAUAGAAUUUAGAAGGUGCUUGAGGACCGAACCUUUCAACACUACUGUAUCCAUCAGAAUAUUUGACACCUCCCUUUGGAAAAGAAAUAUUUCUAAUAAUGUUAUGGCUCAGGGAGACAACCUAUGCUGUUGGUACUGUGAAAGUUCUUUGGAAACAGCAAAGAUCGUCUUUGUAAGUGAGGGUAACGAUUUAUUUAUUUAUUUUCCAUGGCUCUAGGCUGAUACUCUAGAGGAUUUGGGAAUUAAGAUUUGGUUCACUUGUUUUCAAAAUCACUCACCAAAUGUCCUUCUGAGAUAACAGUUUUGUGCAGAAUACAUCACUCAACAGAGCUGCUUCAGGAUUUAGACAGCAUGAAGGAAAACAAAUUGGUAUUAAAAGGCUGUUUCAUUUAAUACCUUGCUGCAUUCUGCCUGAAAUUACUUUUAUCCACACUUCCCAGGGACUCACAUCUGCUUAUUUAAGCUUUACAAAAAUUUGCAUUUUAUUUCCUUUUACAAAAAAAAAUUAGUAUUUCCAUUGAUAUAAUUAGCAAUGUAUAAAUUUCAAGGGACUCUCGAAUCUGAGUGGUAUUUAGUAGUAAUCAUAAAAUUUCUAGAGUCCAUUACUAAAAUAAUUAAUAAUAGGGGUAAGCAUAUUAUUUUUAAUAUCUAUAAGAAGCAACCCCAAUAUUUAUCUUGGGAUUAAAUAUCUAUAUUUUCUACUAUACCUCAAACUUAUACUCACAGAGAAGACAUGUUAAACACAAAUAGGAGGGAAUAUAAAGUUAGGCAGAUGUGAGAUGAACCUAGAAAAUAGAUUCCUAAGGAUUUUGUUUAGAAUUGCCUAUUCCAACUUUACUACUCAUUUACACUGCUAAUUUUUAUAGUAUACAACUUUGGAAAAUAAUUUUUACUUAAGCUAUUUUCCUAUCUUGAAUUUAGCCAUCACAGAAACUUGAUGUUUAAAACUCUUGUAAAUAAUCCAUCGUGUGUGCCAUUAUGGUUUUUAAGUUAAAUUGACCAGCCAAAUUUAUAUAGUCUGCACAAUUUUGUAUCCUUUUAAUGAUCAUGAAAAAUUAUUAAUGAAGAAAUGCUGAACAAAUUUUAUAUUUAUGUGCAAUAUUUUAUAGACCUAUGUAGCAAAAGCAUGUUUACACUGGCAUUAGUUUUUUUAAAUUAAUAUCUGAGUAUUAAGUAUGAUAGAGCAAGCAGACCAAAAUCCUUAAGUUUACAAAGCAGUUGGAAAAUUUAUAUCCCUAUUUAACAAUCUCACUUGAUUUGAAAGAUGAGCCAAACUCCCAGGCACUAAAUUUUCGGUCAUGCCUUAACCUGGAGAGAAGCCAUUUGGCUACAGCUGCAGAACUUCUUUGGAGACAAAUGAAAGGCACAUGGACAAAUACACUGAACAGCUCAUAUUCUGCCUGCUUGUGAAUUAAAUCCUGUCAUGGUAGCGGUUUUGAGGCUGUUGGGAACAGAAGUCUGGUUCCCAGUGUGUGUGGCUGACUGUGGGUGAGAACUCUAUGUGUUUCAAAGAGUUUGAGUGUCCCAUACCAGCCUCUGGGAGACUUUGAUGUUAGCUGUCUGGGUAGAAUUGGUUUUACAGGGAGGUGGCCAUCUCUAUCUUAUAAUUAGAGGGAUGUUUCUCCAAUCGUAUUGUACAGAUGGGUCUCCCUGCCUCCCAGUAAUGCCCCAGCUCUUGUCAUCAUGCCCGACUUUUGGCCAAGAGAGAAUGGCUCCUCAAGAUUUUCAGUCAUAAGACAUCCCUGAGAAAAUGCACCUGUUGCCUUUUAAGCUAAGCUUUGUGAAGGGACACAGAACUCUUAGGGCUUGGACCACAUGAGCCAGGUCAUUCAGACACCUGGAGGAAACUGGGGAUGCCAGGGGCAAAACUGAGAUCCAGAAUAGCGCAAGGUAUGAGGGCUUCAAAGGCAAACAACACCAUCUUCACGGUCUCAGCCAAAAAGAGUACCCUCUAGAGGGGUGGGCACUGCUGCCUACAGGCAUUUCCCACAGGGCCAUCAGCGCACACUGGCCCUCUCUACCACUUCGGGUGUGGAAGCAAAUGGAGGGAGGGAGUCACAACUGAGGUCAGGUGAACCCUCCAGCCCUCAGUUCUUGAGUUCUCCCUCCAUGUGGAGGAUGUUCUAACAAAGCACUGAGUGAAUCUGCUUCUCAUCAUAUAAAGCCAAUCACUUUCAUAAUUCACUAUGUGCUGUGUCUCUCUUGGAAUCUAUCUGUAUUUCAAAUAUGCCUUUUGAAAUUCCUGCAGCUGGUUUUUCAGACUUGGAAAAAAAUCAAGUUUUAUAAACUUGGAGAUUUUUUACAAAAUAAACAACAUGGGCUAAUUGCCACUGAAGCCCCAAUGAUUUGAACUCUCUUCUUGUUUUAUUUAAAUACAUGUAUAGAUGUGUGUAAAGGAUUUCAUGUACCUAUUUACCUUGUCACUAAUAAAAUUAAAAGUUAAAGACA